GCCGAGCCAGAGCCUCUCUGCUUUUCCCCCCACAACAAAUUUAACCCCAGCUGCAACUUUUCUUCCGCUGGCGGGGCUGAGUUGGGGCUCCAGCGGUGCUGGGGUGGUUUUUUUCCCCUCUCUCCCCCCUCCCCUAGACUGCUUUUAGCGGGGGGGGGGGGGGAGGGUGGGGAAUCCUUUUUAUUGCAAAGCCCGGCUCGCUUUGCAAGCCUUCCUCCUCCUCCUUCUCCUCCUCCUCCUCCUCCCUUGCUUUUUGUGCCCGCCGCAGCAGGGCUGGCCAGGCCGGGGGGAGGGAAGCGAUGGGAAAGGGGGGAGGUCGCCCCCUCCUCUCCCUCUGUGUGUUUUUUUUGCAGGUGUGUCAAUUUUAAUUCUGCCCAGUAGGUGGGACUUGGUGACUUUCGCACCGGGGUUUUUUUUUUGUUAUUUAUUUAUUUCCCGGGGCUGCCUCCCCAGCCUCCCCGUUGCAAUCCUCCGGAGCGGCUGGCGGGGAGCGGCGGGCGGCCGGGCCAGCAUGCAUCCCCGCCCGCUGCCGCUGCCGCUACCCUAGCGGGAAUUACAGCCUCUCCGAGCCAGCUGCCAGCAUGAUUUCAUCUGCUGGAGGAUUUUUGCAUCUGAUCGCUUGAGGUUUUGUUGUUUUUUUGGGGUUUUUGCCUUUUUUUUUUUUUUGUGCUUUUUUUUUUUUCCUCCCUCUGUCUUUGUUUCCUUCCCCCUUUCCCCCCCUUCCCCUCCCUUUAUCCCCCCCUUUCCUCCUCCUCCUCUUUUUUAGAAGCAGCAAUCGGAGAUGGAUGUCUCUCUUUGCCCUACCAAGUGCACUUUCUGGAGGGUAUUUUUGCUCUGGAGCAUUUGGGGAGACUAUCUGCUUUCGGUGCUGGCUUGCCCUGCUAAUUGUCUUUGCAGCAAGACAGACAUCAAUUGCAAGAAACCGGAUGAUGGGAACCUCUUCCCUCUCUUGGAAGGGCAGGAUUCAGGCAGCAGCAAUGGCAACACGAGCAUCAAUAUCACGGACAUCUCAAGGAAUAUCACUUCCAUACACAUAGAGAACUGGAAGAACUUGCAGACGCUGAAUGCCGUUGACAUGGAGCUGUACACGGGACUCCAGAGGCUGACAAUCAGGAACUCAGGACUACGAAACAUCCAGCCACGCGCCUUUGCCAAGAACCCUCACCUGCGCUACAUAGACCUCUCUGGGAACCGGCUCACCACUCUGUCAUGGCAACUCUUCCAGACCCUGCGACUCUUUGAACUGAGACUAGAGAGGAACCUUUUUAACUGCAGCUGUGACAUCCGCUGGAUCCAGCUCUGGCAGGAGAAGGGUGAGGCGAACCUGCAGUACCAGGAGCUCUACUGCAUGAACAUGGACGCAGCCAUCAUCCCUUUGCAGGAGAUGAACAUCACCCAGUGUGACCUCCCUGAGAUCAGCGUGAGCCAUGUGAACCUGACGGUGCGGGAAGGAGAGAACGCUGUCAUCACCUGCAACGGCUCAGGCUCGCCACUGCCUGAUGUUGACUGGACGGUGGCCGAUCUCCACUCCAUCAACACACACCAGACCAACCUCAACUGGACCAAUGUUCAUGCCAUCAAUUUGACCUUGGUGAAUGUCACCAGUGAGGACAACGGGUUCCUGCUUACCUGCAUUGCCGAGAACGUGGUGGGGAUGAGCAAUGCCAGUGUGCUGCUCACCGUCUACUAUCCCCCUCGCAUCCUAACCCUGGAGGAGCCGGUGCUACACCUGGAGCACUGCAUUGCAUUUGCAGUGCAUGGGAACCCAGCUCCCACCCUUCACUGGCUGCACAACGGCCAGGUUCUCCAGGAGACAGAGAUCAUCCACAUGGAGUUUUACCAACAAGGGGAAGUGUCUGAGGGUUGCCUGCUCUUCAACAAACCCACUCACUACAACAAUGGCAACUACACAAUUGUGGCCACCAACCAGCUGGGCUCAGCCAACCAAACCAUCAAAGGACAUUUCCUUGAAAAACCUUUUCCAGAGAGUACGGACAACUUUGUCUCAAUUGGUGAUUAUGAAGUGAGUCCCACCCCACCAAUCACUGUGACCCACAAGCCGGAGGAGGACACUUUUGGGGUUUCCAUAGCGGUUGGGCUGGCAGCUUUUGCUUGUGUCCUCUUGGUCGUCCUCUUUAUUAUGAUCAACAAGUAUGGUCGGCGGUCCAAGUUUGGGAUGAAAGGUCCCGUGGCAGUGAUCAGCGGAGAGGAGGAUUCAGCCAGUCCCCUCCACCACAUCAAUCACGGCAUCACGACGCCCUCAUCCCUGGAUGCUGGCCCGGACACGGUGGUGAUCGGCAUGACCCGCAUUCCUGUCAUCGAGAACCCCCAGUACUUCCGACAAGGUCACAACUGCCACAAGCCAGACACGUGUUUCAGAGAAAUUAUGUUGAAUCCAAUAAGCCUCCCUGGACAUUCCAAACCUCUUAACCAAGGCAUUUAUGUUGAGGAUGUCAGUGUUUAUUUCAGCAAAGGACGUCAUGGCUUUUAAAAACUCCUUAAAAGUCCCUGUUCUGAUGUCAAGUUUAUAGGCUGUGCCCUCAAAAUGGUGGGAAGCAGUAAGCGUGGUCUGUAUGGAUUGAGGUCUCCUCCUAAUAGGACUCUACAGCCCUGCCUGUACACACGUUAAAGCCAACUGAAACUGUGGUUUUCUGUCACCAGAUAAACAGGGUUGUUCUUUUCCUCCAAUGGUCGCUGUGUUCGUUAAAUAUUCCUGCAAGGCACAACAGCAGCAAUGAGAGCAAAUAAAGAGAAUUAAAACCCAAUUGAAAGGAGUCAUCCUAAUAACACAGUAAAUAAUUGUACUUUUGCUUUAAAAUAAAACACACAACAAAACCAACCAAGCCAACCAAACUGACAUCUUUAGUCAUGUCCUCCCUGCUUGGAGUUUUCCUUGUAAGCUUGUGUCUUCGCAACACCCAGUGAAUGCCGCCAUCACCUCUUACGUGGCACCGCCAUGGGAGGUCUCCCAGAGUGAGCCGAGGCGGGGGGAGCCUGGAAGAAACUAAAGCAGAACGAAGACUUUUGGUAAGAACAAAGGCAGCCCCGCUCCCAGUUCUUGCACAGAAAAUAAUGUUGGAAGGAAUAAUAAUGGAAAGAAAAAAAAAAAAAUCUUACUUCUCUGACAGGAAGAGAAUGUGGUUAUCUUUGAAGUGCACAUAUUCUAGGAGGCUUUUUUUGUUUGUCUGUCUGUGUGUGUUGGAGCGGCUUGUUGGAUCUGACUAUAUCGUUGUCGUACUCUGGUCUCUCCCUGCUGCUUGAAUGAUGAGCUUUAUCUGAGGAGUUGCCUGGGCUUCCUGCAUGGAUGGAGAAUCCAUAGCGCAGGACGGUCCGUGUCCUUGCCAGGACUAGGGCAGUAAGCAAAGUGGAAAAGCAUAUCAGGCGCACCCAGGUCCCAGUUGCCGGGCCUUUUCCAGCCCCCUUUAGCUCUGCCCUGUAUUCCCACUCAGCUAGAGAUUGAUUGUAACCCAGUCACGUACCCAGAACCAUCAGCUCAAGGCAGACUGACUGAAGGGGAGGAAAAAUAAGUAAUCUGUUGCUUCUUCUCUGGCAUAAACAAGAAUAUCGAUCCUAUUCUCUGGCCGAUAUUCGUAUUCUCUCCCCCUCUCCCAUCCCACUUUUGUCUUACUUCAUCCAAAGCCUCUCAGAUGGAAAAGUAAACCCUUUGAUACUGUCCUCAAGAGAAGGCAGCUGCCCUUGCGGCAACUUUGCAGGGCUUUCCUUGGACUCUCUGAAUGUCACGUGUACGGGAAACACAGAUUUGCUCGCACAUAUCAGUGAUAACCUAUAAGCAAGGCAGAUUUUCUCUAGAGAAAAAAGAAAAACCUUCCAAAAGCUUCAGGUGGGGCCAGAUCCUUUUCUGAGAGGAGCAUUGAACCAGGAGCUUGCUCACCAGCCACUCAGCUUGUCUUGCCUUCUCAGUGGCCUGAGACGACCUUAUCACAUCAGGGAGGUCUCUCAAUCACCAGCCCUGAAGGGUUGCUGCCACUGGAAAGAGUCAUGGUGCCCCUUCGCCAGAACUGGGCAGAAGCCUCAGAAUGGGAUGUUCUGCUUCAUCCUGCCUUUACGGGUGACCUGCAUGAAUCGCCCUGGAGAUUGACAGGAGGUUUUAUUAUCGGCUUUCCCAUAAGGAUGUCCCUGGGACUAUUCCAUUCUCUUGCUUCUUCUCCUGGUUUGCUGGCAUUAAAAGGUAAAGUGCAAUAGAAGAGUACAGGAGAAACAGUAGCAGAUUGCUUUAAGUUAAUGGACAUGCCUUAGGGGGGCAUCUGCGUUAGGACGAGGAGGCCUGGCUCAGGUUGGAUGGCUUCAGAAACCAUGACCAAAACUCUCAACAAUGUUUCCUGCCCGCAUCGGAGCUGGAAAUGCAAGAGGUGCACCGCCAGAGAGGACCUGCGGCCAUGUGUUAUUGACACCUCAAUUCUGCAGAUUCACAGAGUGAGGAGGAGCUUCGCCAAGCGUGUGAAUCACUGGGUGCUUGUCUGAACUGAAUUCCCCCAUCUCCUGGAAGUCACCCACCUGACCUGGGGAUGUCUUGUCCGUCUGAACUGUCUCCUCUCCCUAGCACUGUUCAGGGGACUCUGCUCUCAACCGUGUGUAUCAGUCGUAGAGAUACAUCCGUGGGCCUGGACCAGAAGCCUAUAUCCAAACACCCUAGCAGAGGAAGGGUUGAAUUUUACAGCUCAGGUCCAUCUCUGCUUAGAAGAAAUCCUCUGGACCGUACAGCAUAAUUUAAAGCAGUUCUCCCCACUGUGAUCGAUGUCUCAAUUUGUUUAACGCCAAUUAAAGUCUCUGGUUCCUCACUGCUGAAAACGAAAGCCAGUCAUGGCCGUUUGCGAUUGGUGGCUUUAAGUAGCAAGUCUAAGGAUGUUUUUUUUUUUAAAUUUUAUUUUAUUUUUAAUUAUUGUAAAUCAUUACCUCAUUUUCUGUCAAUGAGACUCUUCCAUCUUUGAGCAUUCUUAUCUUGCCAUAACUAUCAUCCUGUGCUAAUGGGAAAUGGGAUGGUCCCUUUUCACAGAGACUAUAGGGGUGUUCAAUGUCUAGUUUCUUAAUAAACACUUUAUUUUCUAACGAAA